AUGCCUGACCCGAGCAACGUUAGCGACAUCGAGCUUUCAUCACAGACGACCCGGGAGGCAAUCCCCUCCGGUCGUCUCUCCGACAACGAGCGUCUUCGCAUGCUUGGGUACGAUGCAGUGCUAGGGCGCCCUCUCAGUUUCUGGGGCAGCGUGGGCAUGAGUAUGUGCUACAACUCCGUGCAGUUCGAGUUUCCCUCCUACUCCCUUCUCUACUCGUACCGCGCCCCUUUACUCUUCAUCAUUGGGUACCCUUUUCUCGCGCUCCUCCACCUCACCCUGAUCGGGCCCUUCGCCGAGCUUGUGUCAACAUAUCCCGUGGCGGGUGGCAUGGCGACUUGGGCGUGGCAGUGUGCGAGACAUGGAGUGCGCGGCGAGCGCCAGUGGGGCUGGCUUGUCGCAGGCCUGACGCUCGCCAUGCACCUCGGCAAGACCAUUGCGUAUCUUCACUUGGUCACGGGAUUGAUCGUCACAAUGAGCGCCGCCUUGUACGGCGCGGGUGGAGCGUCAGCGGCAGCGUCUGGAACACCCGUCGUCAAGCCGCCGUGGGCUGAGCCCGUCCUACAACUCGCCCUGGUUGCCCUUGCGGGGCUGGUGUGUCUUACCCGACUCGGACGGAGCAAGACAUUCUGGAUGGUGAUGGGCUCCUAUGUCCAAUGCUCGAUUCUCCUCUGGAUUAUAUUGCUCAUCGUCAUGUCUACCAAACUCAAAUCAGUGCCGGAGCUGAAGGCCUUGGUUCGACCACUGGACUUGGGGUUCCCGACACGAAGCCAAUGGCUCUACAGUUUCUCAAGAAUGAUCUUCAUGAGCCUGCCUCUACGCGUGACGGCUAUGGACUGCUCCAUUCAUAUGGCGGAAGAAACUCAGAGCCCCUCGCGCACCGUCCCUCGCGUUCUGUGGCUAACGAGCGCGCUGCAUUAUGUGGGCUUUUACGUGACAAUGACCUUGCACAUUCUGAUCGUGGUGCCCUUCACCCAGGAAAAGUUCCAAGACAACCCCUACAUUGCGAGCUCCAUCAUUCUUGGAAUGAACAAAGCCCAGACAAUUGCACUGUCGGUCGUUAUGACCAUCCCCGUUGUGCUGCAGGUUAUGUGCUCGACGAUCGUCACCUCGCGCUUCAUUUUUGCUCUGGCCCGCGACCGCGGCCUCCCCUUUUCGGACCUCCUGGUGCGCACCGACAAGCACCGCCAACCCUGGGUUGCACUUGUCGGAGUGCUUCUCAUCCUGUGCAUCAGCGUUUGUGGUCAGGCCGUGCCCCAGAAACCGUAUUACACUCUUCUUAUCACCGUCAACUUUUACUUCAUCAACAUCCCCUACAUGAUUCCCCUCGUUCUAUAUAUCCUCUCACAUCUCGAUCUCCGCCUGGUUGGCCGGCCUGAGUUCAAUCUUGGCCGCUUCAGUCGUCCACUUGCCCGCAUCGCGGUCGCUUGGCUCAUCGUCUCCACCAUCCAGGGCUUGCUUCCUCUCACAGACCAUGCCUACAAGAAGGGCGACUCAGCGAACAACAUGAGCUACCUUCCCAUAUUUAUUGGGUGCAUGCUGCUGAUUAUGCUCGUCACAUGGUUCCUCUACGGAAAGCGCCACUACAGUGGUCCCAUCCGCGCCCUCACGAUUUGGGCCACGGGCACCGACAUCGACCCACGCAACGUAGCCACAGCUCCCCGCGGACAGGCGAUCAGGGAGUAUAUCGAGCGCAAGACUGGCCAGCCCGCGCCGACGACACCAAAAUACCCGGCUCGGACUGCAAGCGGACCACGCUCCCCCGAAACGCCACGUUCCAGCCGUACCAAGUCUUCGUUCCACCGUCUCGUCGGCAGAAGUCGAGACAGUGGAAAGACGAGCCCCCUCGCUAGCCAAGGGGCUAGCGACUCUCCCACCCGUCGUAACUCAGUGAACCCCGAGAGCGGAGUACUCCCUCGCACCGAGUGCUCCGUCAUCCCCGAGAGCGGGCUACUCCCCGAAUCUAGGCAUCAAACUACCACGCUGAACGCGAUCCCUGAGAGUGAGCUGCUCCCAGAGACACGACUGUACGAUACGACGAUCUCAGUCAUUCCUGAGAGCGGCGUCCUUCCCGAAACAACUACGGCCACGUUUUCCUUGCAGAGGAUACCAGUACCCGAGGGCCCAUUCAACCGCUACUCUUUCGACGAACGCGAGAUCAUGAGCGCCGCUCAGGCCGAGUCGCAACUGUUCCCAGAUCCACCACGGCGCGCAUCGCGGACGAUAACGCCCCGCUCCCCACCGCCGCCAUGGCGCGGAAGUCGCAAUCUCUCAUUCAAUAAUUACGAGGAGCGUCUGUAG